UGGAAGGAAGUUGGUGCGGGCACCGGGCUACCGCCGCCGUCCCAGCUCUGGCGCCAUGUUGCCGAAGCCGAGGAACCGGGGCCGCCCCAGCUCCCAGUUCGACGGCGGGGACAGCCGCGCCCCGAGAAGCGGCGCCUCAGAGGAGGCCCCGAGCACGUCGCGCGGCGCCGGCUGCUCGUCGUCGUCGUCGCAGGGCGGCCGCGCCCCGUCCGUGGGGCCCCGGUCCCCGAAGCAGCUGGAGCUGAAGGUGGCCGAGCUGGUGCAGUUCCUGCUGAUCAAGGACCAGAAGAAGAUCCCCAUCAAGCGCGCGGACAUCGUCAAGCACGUGGUGGGCGACUACAAGGACAUCCUGCCGGACCUGCUGCGGCGGGCGGCCGAGCGCCUCGAGUACGUGUUCGGCUACCGGCUGGUGGAGCUGGAGCCGCGCAGCCACACGUACAUCCUGGUGAACGCGCUGGAGCCGGUGGAGGAGGACGCGGACCUGCGCGGGGACCAGGGCACGCCCACCACGGGGCUGCUCAUGAUCGUGCUGGGGCUCAUCUUCAUGAAGGGCAACGCGGUGAAGGAGACGGAGGUGUGGGACUUCCUGCGCCGCCUCGGCGUCUACCCCACCAAGAAGCACCUCAUCUUCGGCGACCCCAAGAAGCUCAUCACGGAGGACUUCGUGCGGCAGCGCUACCUGGAGUACCGGCGGAUCCCGCACACGGACCCCGUGGACUACGAGCUGCAGUGGGGCCCGCGCACCAACCUGGAGACCAGCAAGAUGAAGGUCCUCAAGUUCGUGGCCAAAGUGCACAAUCAGGACCCCAAGGACUGGCCGGCGCAGUACUGCGAGGCGUUGGCGGAAGAAGAGGACCGGGCCAGACCCCAGGCCGGCGCGCAGGCCCCGUCUUCGUGAAGCAAUUAGGUGGUU